GUGGAAUGGUUCGCUGUGGGAUAGGUUGUAAGAAAGUUAAUGGCUGGGGGGAAAGGGUUUCUUCUCUCGUCUCGCUUCAGGAGAGUUUCGGGAAUUUCUGAAGUAAAAAUAUAAUAAAUAAAAAAAGAAUACAAACCCGGAAAAAGUUAAAUACAAUAUUACGUCUGUUAAACUACACAUUAUAUAGGGAAGUAUGCAGAAUGCAGUAGCCGGGACGGCAAUGCUGACGGACGGCUUCGAGGACGAGAUUGACUCGGUGACUCCGCGCUCCCCUGCGGUAGGGAUGGGGGUUGGAGCUGCACCAGGAGCCGGGCUCGGCGGCCUAGGGAUUGGUGUCGGAGGAAAGAAAGUACGUUUGUUCGGAGAGGCUGGCGGGCCUGGUUCGGACAGACUGGAUUUCAAACUAGCUGCGGCCGCAGUGCUCUCGUCUGGCCCGGGAUCCGGCAGCGACGAGGACGAGGUAUCUGAGGUUGAAUCUUUCAUUUUGGACCAGGAAGAUCUGGACAAUCCCAUGCUGAAAACAGCAUCAGAGUUGCUCUUAUCAAGUGCUGCAGAUGGGGCAGAUUUACGAACAGUAGACCCAGAAACACAAGCAAGACUGGAAGCCCUACUUGAGGCUGCAGGAAUUGGUAAAUUAUCGACUGCCGAUGGUAAAGCCUUCGCAGAUCCAGAAGUGCUCCGGAGAUUGACCUCCUCUGUCAGCUGCGCACUGGAUGAAGCUGCUGCUGCGUUGACUCGGAUGAGAGCAGAAAACACACUAAACGCUGGGCAAGCAGACAAUUUGGUUAUUUUUAGCCGUAGUUUGGCGGAGGCCUGCUCAGACGGGGAUGUGAAUGCUGUCCGUAAAUUACUAGAUGAAGGAAGAAGUGUAAACGAGCACACCGAGGAGGGCGAGAGUCUGCUCUGCUUGGCCUGUUCAGCUGGCUAUUAUGAACUCGCACAAGUUCUGCUUGCUAUGCAUGCAAAUGUGGAGGAUCGAGGGAUCAAGGGAGACAUCACCCCUUUAAUGGCUGCAGCAAGUGGGGGAUAUGUGGACAUUGUUAAACUGCUUCUGGUUCAUGGUGCUGAUGUCAACGCCCAGUCCUCUACAGGCAACACCGCACUCACUUAUGCCUGUGCCGGAGGCUUUGUGGAUGUUGUGAAAGUGCUGUUGAAAGAAGGAGCGAACAUUGAGGAUCACAAUGAGAACGGACACACUCCGCUUAUGGAAGCUGCUAGUGCUGGCCAUGUGGAAGUUGCACGUGUGCUCCUAGAAUACGGAGCUGGUAUCAACACUCACUCCAAUGAGUUCAAAGAAAGUGCACUUACACUGGCAUGUUAUAAAGGACACUUAGACAUGGUGAGGUUUCUGCUGGAAGCUGGGGCUGACCAGGAGCAUAAAACUGAUGAGAUGCACACAGCCCUGAUGGAGGCCUGCAUGGAUGGUCAUGUUGAAGUUGCCCGCCUGUUGUUGGACAGUGGUGCCCAAGUGAACAUGCCAGCUGAUUCCUUUGAAUCUCCACUGACCCUGGCUGCAUGUGGAGGACAUGUGGAACUGGCGGCAUUGCUUAUAGAGAGAGGUGCAAACCUGGAAGAGGUGAACGAUGAAGGAUAUACGCCUUUAAUGGAAGCUGCUCGGGAAGGCCAUGAAGAAAUGGUGGCACUACUGCUAGCACAGGGAGCAAAUAUCAAUGCCCAAACAGAAGAAACCCAAGAGACAGCUUUGACUCUGGCAUGCUGUGGAGGGUUCCUGGAAGUGGCGGAUUUCCUGAUUAAGGCUGGAGCUGACAUUGAACUGGGCUGCUCCACACCUCUGAUGGAAGCCGCUCAAGAGGGCCAUCUUGAAUUGGUCAAGUACCUGCUGGCAGCAGGUGCAAAUGUUCACGCUACAACAGCAACAGGGGACACUGCGCUGACUUAUGCCUGUGAGAAUGGGCACACUGACGUGGCGGAUGUGCUCCUUCAAGCUGAGGCUGAUCUGGAACAUGAAUCGGAAGGUGGGAGGACACCCUUGAUGAAAGCUGCAAGAGCUGGCCACUUAUGCACUGUACAGUUCUUAAUCAGCAAAGGUGCUAACGUCAAUAGGGCUACAGCUAACAAUGAUCAUUCAGUGGUGUCACUGGCAUGCGCUGGAGGUCACUUGGCUGUUGUUGAGCUCCUCUUGGCACACGGGGCAGACCCUACACAUCGAUUGAAGGAUGGAUCAACCAUGCUUAUCGAAGCUGCUAAGGGUGGCCACACAAACGUAGUCUCCUACUUGCUAGAUUAUCCAAACAACAUUCUCUCGGUCCCUGCGCCCGAUAUGUCCCAGCUUACACCUCCUUCCCAUGACCAUUCUCAGGCUCCACGUGUACCAGUCCAAGCUCUUGCAAUGGUGGUUCCUCCCCAGGAGCCGGACAGAGCACCUUCCAACAUCGCAGCACCACCUCCUGUGGCCAAUAAGGGUGCAUCCAAGCAAAGGUCAAGUCCCCUGCAGGUAGCUGAGCAUGACCUCCUGCCACCUUUCCACCCAUACCAACCUUUAGAAUGCAUUGUGGAAGAGACUGAGGGCAAGCUGAAUGAGCUGGGACAGAGAAUUAGCGCCAUCGAGAAGGCACAGCUGCAGUCGCUGGAGCUGAUUCAGGGCGAACCUUUGACCAAAGACAAGAUCGAAGAGCUGAAGAAGAGCAGGGAAGAGCAAGUGCAGAAAAAGAAAAAGAUCCUGAAAGAACUGCAGAAGGUCGAACGGCAGCUGCAACUGAAAACGCAGCAGCAGUUUACCAAAGAGUACAUGGAGGCCAAGGGACUGAAAGAAGACUCCCCAGAGUUGCAGCAACCACCCUUACUAGCCCAGCAGUGCUCGGAUGGAGAGGACGUUGAUCAGGCAGAGGAAGAGGAUGAUCUGCCAGACGAAGACUUCUCCAAGUUACCCCAGGUAGACACCAUCCUGUACAGAGAAAGCCAGUCGCAACAGCAACUAGAGGAGACACCCCCACCUAUCCAAACAGGGUUCAUCCCUAUCCAGCCAUUGCCAGUGCUGCAGUCCACAGAUUUCUCUAUUAACUUGGAGAGCCCAAACACAAACACACCUGACCUCCAGCGAGUCAUGGUUAACCAGCAGAUGUUAGGACAGCAACAGAUAGCUGGGCUGGGACAGGGAUUGCUGACCCAAGCACCAGAUGGAUUAAUGGUUGCUACUCCUGCACAGACGCUUACUGACACCCUUGAUGACAUUAUGGCAGCUGUGAGUAGCAGAGUGCCUGCCAUGCUGAACACUACUCCAUCGCCCUCACCCCAGCCCCAGGCACAGACCCCAAGUAACGGCGUCUCCCCUCCUUCGAUGCUGCCACUUUAUCCCUCAGUGGAUAUAGACGCACAUACGGAAAGCAACCAUGACACGGCACUAACACUGGCGUGUGCAGGAGGACAUGAGGAGCUGGUAUCCGUGUUAAUAGCCCGCGGUGCCAACAUUGAACACCGGGACAAAAAGGGUUUUACGCCUCUCAUUCUGGCAGCCACUGCAGGGCACGUGGGGGUGGUGGAAAUCCUGUUGGACAAAGGGGGCGAUAUCGAGGCGCAGUCAGAGCGAACCAAAGACACUCCUCUAUCGCUGGCGUGCUCUGGGGGGAGGCAAGAGGUGGUUGAGUUGCUGCUGUUGCGUGGUGCAAACAAAGAGCAUCGCAAUGUUUCCGACUACACGCCAUUGAGCCUGGCUGCAUCGGGGGGUUAUGUCAACAUCAUCAAGAUCCUUCUCAAUGCUGGGGCUGAGAUUAAUUCAAGAACUGGGAGCAAGCUAGGGAUCUCUCCGCUGAUGCUGGCUGCUAUGAAUGGACACGUGCCAGCAGUAAAGCUCCUGCUGGAUAUGGGCUCUGAUAUCAACGCCCAGAUUGAGACCAAUCGAAACACUGCCCUCACUCUUGCAUGUUUCCAAGGCAGAGCCGAGGUAGUCAGCUUGCUGCUGGAUAGGAAGGCAAACGUGGAACACAGAGCAAAGACUGGCCUUACCCCCCUGAUGGAGGCUGCAUCUGGAGGGUAUGCUGAGGUUGGGAGGGUCCUGCUUGACAAAGGAGCUGAUGUCAACGCACCCCCAGUGCCUUCAUCCAGGGACACGGCUUUAACAAUCGCAGCAGACAAGGGCCAUUACAAGUUCUGUGAGCUGCUUAUCAACAGAGGAGCUCAUAUUGAUGUCCGUAACAAGAAGGGCAACACCCCCCUCUGGCUGGCAGCGAACGGUGGCCACUUCGACGUGGUGCAGCUCCUGGUGCAAGCUGGUGCUGAUGUGGAUGCUGCAGACAACAGGAAGAUCACCCCGCUCAUGGCAGCUUUCCGAAAGGGCCAUGUGAAAGUAGUACAGUAUCUAGUGAAAGAGGUUAAUCAGUUCCCAUCUGACAUUGAAUGCAUGAGAUACAUCGCUACCAUUGCUGAUAAGGAGUUAUUGAAGAAAUGCCACCAGUGUAUGGAAACCAUAGUUAAAGCCAAAGACCAGCAAGCAGCAGAAGCAAACAAGAACGCAAGCAUCCUGCUGAAAGAACUGGACUUGGAGAAGUCCCGAGAAGAAAGCAAGAAGCAGGCUCUAGCAGCCAAGAGAGAGAAACGCAAGGAGAAGAGAAAGAAGAAGAAAGAGGAGCAAAAAAGAAAACAGGAGGAGGAAGAAGCUAAGACUAAAGAGGUUUCAGAAAUGCAAGAUCCAGAAAAAGAUUCCUCUGAGGAACCUGAAGUUCCCAUUGAGCCUCCAAGUGCAACCACGACCACCACAAUUGGCAUUUCUGCCACCUCCCCCACCUUUACCAAUGCAUUUGGGAAGAAGCGAGCCAAUGUGGUGACCACGCCAAGUACUAACCGGAAAAACAAGAAAAAUAAAAUUAUAGACACUUCCCAAAAUAUUCAGAUUAUAUUACAAGAUCCUCAAAUGUCUUUAGCACAACAGAAGGCGGACAAAAAUAAAAUACAUGGGGAGCCGAGAGGUGGUGGGGCUGGGGGGAACAGUGAUUCUGAUAACCUCGACAGCACUGACUGCAACAGUGAGAGCAGCAGCGGCAGCAAGAGCCAGGAGCUAAACUACCUUCCAGACCUACCCUCGUCUGGGGAAAAGAGGCAGGCCGCAAUGUUGCAUUCGUCUCUGAGAGAUGAGAAGUUUGCUUCCUCUGUUCCCAAAAAUCAGCCAAAAAUACAAGACUGCAUCAGUGACAUGAAUACAAAUUCAUUAUCUGCCACAUUUAAAACUGUAUCACUGCCAGUAUCUUCUCCAAAUGGAAAAAUGAACUUGACUAGUCCAAAAAGAGGCCAGAAAAGAGAGGAUGGUUGGAAAGAGGUUGUAAGAAGAUCUAAGAAACUCUCGGUUCCUGCCUCGGUUGUGUCAAGAAUAAUGGGGCGAGGAGGCUGUAACAUCACUGCCAUUCAGGAUGUCACUGGAGCGCACAUUGACGUGGAUAAGCAGAAAGAUAAGAACGGAGAAAGAAUGAUCACGAUCAGGGGAGGAACAGAAUCAACCAGACAUGCAGUGCAGCUCAUCAACGCACUGAUUCAGGACCCUGCCAAGGAACUAGAAGACCUGAUUCCCCGCAAUCAUAUCAGAACCCCUGGUGCCAACACCAAAAUCGGGUCAACUUUCACUACAUCAACCGGGGCUACCAGCACCACUGCGUCUGGAAACAAGGCCAUGGUUUCAUUGGUUCCAUCGUCCUCAGUGUCUUUCCAGCCCUCCUCGCCAUCAACAUCGCUGUCUGGCAACAAGCUGAACAAGAACAUUUCAACAAGCGUGCGCCCUCCUUUUCCCGUCUCUCUCCCUUUGGCCUACGCCCACCCCCAGCUUGCCUUGCUUGCUGCCCAGACCAUGCACCAGAUCAGACACCCCCGCUUGCCCAUGGCACAGUUCGGUGGCACCUUCUCCCCAUCUCCAAAUACCUGGGGACCGUUCCCCGUGAGGCCCGUCAGUCCCGGUAGCAACAACAGCUCCCCGAAGCACAACGGCGGUGCCAUUCGCCCUGGCUGUCACACCACCUCCCACACAGAUUACACAGCCAACACAAACAACCUUCCUGUCACCGUAUCACCUCCCUGUCACAUCACUCAGUCUGCUGCCUGCCUGACCAACAGCCCCACUCCCUCAUCAGUCAGAAAGCAGCUCUUUACCUCUGAUCCCAAGACGAGUACUGUGACAAGUGUUACCUCAACUGUGACCAACGUCUGCAGCUCCCGACCUGCCAGCUCCCCAGCGCCUCUGCACUGCGGGCAGCCCACCACUCCACCCACCCCCCCUCCGCCACCCCCCAUCGCACCACCCGCCCCCAAGAACGAACCGUGCUCCCCUGUGUCCGUGAUGAAGGACAAGAACUCCGCCAGCACCGAGCAGACAACAGCAGGGCACAUGACGCAGCCGGCUGUCCCAGGCAGCUCUUCGGAGAGCAGUAACUCUGGAGUGAUCGGAGUUUUCUCUUCUACGGCUUCAUCAAUGCCUUCACUUCAGCCUGCUGUAGCCGGCAUGCAUGACAGCAGGCCACCUUUAUUGAUGCCCUACGCAUCUCACAACGAUCACGGACACAUGGCUUCCUCCAGCCUAUCCACAAGCCGCACAGUCACUGUCUGCGCCAGCUCCGUAACUCACACCAGCAACACUUUACCUCGUUUCGCUGCUCCAGCCCCUCACGCUUCCCCCCGAAUGCAGCACGGUGGCCCCUUCUACCCCAUGGUCCCCGGCUCCGCCCUGCAGCAGGAGCAGCAGUCGGUCUUCGUCCCGUCUGCACAGUCGCAGGAUCCCAUCAAGCAGGCUGGCAUGCCUCCUUCCAUGCAGCUCUCCUCCAUCAGCAUGAUGAAUGGUUCACAGGUGCACUUCAAUCACGGAAACAAAGCCCUGCCUCCAAACUUCAGUCCUGCAGCGAUUUUCAAUCACUUCAGCAGCAUCUUCGAUAAUAGCCAGGUGAAUACCAACCCAGUCUGGGGCGCUUGCCACCUGCCUACGCGAACCCCACCUGAUCAAGCCUACAACGCACCAGCCACGUACAUGAGUAACAUGGGACAGCUGGAAAACGUGCUUCCUCCUGAUGGCUCCAAGGCUCCUGGGUACAGGUCUGCGUCCCAGCGGAUUGUAACAAGUCCCAUUGGAAUGCAUGCUCUAGACCCCUCUGGCAAUUCUAUUUCUUCCUCUUCUACGCCACUGACAAGCUUUGCCACAAGCAUAUCAGGGAGCCCAGUCUUUUUACAAGGACACGCUCCCGUAGGGACUCCCAGCUUCAGCAGACAGCAUUUCUCCCCACACCCUUGGAGCGCUUCAACCUCAUGUGAAUCUCCCGUUCCAUCUGUGUCUUCUGGCACGUCCUCUCCUCUGUCUGCUUCCACCGCUGCUCCUACCAUGAUUCAGGCUAAAAACAGCAGCUCCAGCCAAGAUCGCAAGGUGCCCCCUCCCAUCGGCACAGAGAGACUGGCUCGCAUUCGGCAGACUGGCUCCGUCAAUCCAGCACUUCUCAACACCAACUACACUGCUCCAGUUGGACACGGGGGGAUUUGGUCGUUUGGUGUAGGCAGUGCUUCAGAGGCCAUGUCUGGGUGGUCCCAGCCCCUCAUGAGUAACCAUAUGAUGCAUCAGCAGCUGUCAGACCAAUCUGCCUUUUCUCAGCAUCAGCCCAUGGAGAGAGACGAUACUGGAAUAGUGGCGCCCUCUAACACCUUUCAUCAGCCCAUGCCUAGUAACUUCAUGGAUUUCCCUAAAGGUCUGCCGAUGUCCAUGUACGGCGGCGCAAUGAUGCCUCCUCAUCCAACAAUGGCAGAAGGUCCAGGGGGCCAGAUGUAUAAUGGAUUACAUACUGCCGAUCCUGCAUGGAAUCCCAUCUUAAAGGUUGUCCCUAACUCCACAGAAAAUGCAGAUCCCCAGCAGGUAAAAUUCUAAAAGGUCUGGACUGGAACCUGGGCACCACAUAUUGGAAAUGUGCAUCUGAACCAUGUUAACUAAAGAUGAUACAGGCAUAAUAAGAGAAAAGAGAGAUAUGUAAACUUGUGUCCUAAAGUUACAUUGGAAAAGAGGAGACCAUUUUUGAUGUGCCUAACUAAAAUUUUUGUGUGGGCUGUUACUUUUAUUUACCACUGUCAAUGAACAAAAUGAUUGCCUGUACAACAGGAUACAUUCUCUACUUAGUUUAGCCAUUUUGACUUUAAACCCACAUAAACCGUUCUUGUGCUGCUGGCUGAACAGUACUGUAAGCUAUUUAUAUGCAGCCGAGAACUAGAUAAUUACAUUUAAAAAAAGAAAGAAAUCCGACCUUUUAGAGUGGUAAAUACAUGUAUAAUUGUUUACAUACUAAAAAGGGUUAAAGAAGAGUAAAUUUCAUGUCGUAUAGUGGCUCUACUUUAUGUAGCCUGUAUUAAUGUGAAAUAUUUACCUUAAUAUUCAAUAAAAAGAUGGAACUGUA